CAGUCUGGGCCUUGGUGUGUGUGUUUGUCGCUGCUGGUUUUUGAUGACAGAGAAUAUGCUUAUCAGGCUCUGAGGGAGUAUCCCCGGGAUCAACUGCUAGAAUGUAUACGGAUCGCUCAUGUUCUAGUAGAUCAGGGCACAGAGUUCUCUGAGGUGCAGCCUUUGAUUCAGGUUUGUGUAGAGUUGGCUUCAUCUGGUACCCCUGAAAGCAGGGAUGACUUUUUGCCACCAUUUAGUGCAGACCAGGUAGAGUCCCUGGUGUGGUUAUUAGAGGAUGAUGUGGAUUGCUUCUUGGAGCAUUAUGCUGCAUGUUCACCACAGGUACUAAGGGAUUGUAUAAACGCAGUGCAGUCUUUGGUCAGACAGGCUUUGUGUAAGCUCAGCUUUGUUCAACCCAUACUGCAGACAUGGACAGACUUGUUGCACCCAGCCUCAGUCAGCUUACAAAAACCCAGUCCUGCUUCUAAUCUAUUUCCUCAAAGCUCUAUUCCUGCAUUCCCAACAGCACCUCCAGUUACAGCCCAGUAUACCCUGCUAUCUACCGCAUGUCAGUACCCUGUUCCCACUCGCUGCACCUAUCCUGCCUUUAACCCUGUAAAGAAGCCCUCUGUAGCAACUGUUCCCUCCCCUGUUCCAUCCUCCAGCUCUUCUCUGUCUCCAGCUGCUCCAUCCGUUUGCAGACCUGCGUUUACUUACAGUGCUCCAGUAGUUAAAAACCAGAAAAAAGCGAAAAUUCUUUCCAACCAAUACCAUCCUGCCAGUAUCCAAACUGGUGAGCCUGCCGUCUGAGAACCUCGAGCCAGACGAUCCAAUGCCUGAUGACCCAGUGCCCGCGGUCAUGCCUGGUGAUCCGUACCCGCUGUGCCUGACGAUCCGCCAGAUGAACCGGUGAUGCCGAGCCUGAUGAACCGGUGACCCAGCCUGAUGAUGACCCGGUGCCCGCUGUUGUGCCAAUUGACUCAGAGCCCACUGCCGUGCCUGGUGACUUGGUGCCCACUGCCUUGCCAGAUGACGCGGUGCCCGUUGUCGAGCCAAAUGAUCUGAUGCCUGGUGACCCGUGCCCGCUGUCCAGCCAGACGAUCCAAUGGUCUGACCCAGUGCCCGCUGUCAUGCCAGUUGCGCUCCUGAUGCCCCACUGCCGUGCCUGCGCCCGCCGCUGACCCGCCUGGGGGCCCGAUGCUGUCGAGCCAUGCCUGGGGGCCCAAUGCCCGCCGCCCCGCCUGGGGGGCCAAUGCCUGUCCCACUGCCCCCGCCUGGGGGCCCAAUGCCUGUCCAGAUCCGCCGGGGUGCCCGGCGCCCAAAUGAUCUGAUGCCUGGUGGCCCAGGGCCCGCCACUCCGCCUGCUGGCCCGGGGCCCCCACUCCGCCUGCUGACCCAGGCCCGUGCUGCUGCCACCUG